ACAACAUGUCCAAGUCUCUGAAGAAGAUCGUGGAGGAGAGUCGGGACAAGAACCUCCCGGAGGUGGAGAUGUGCGACAGAGGCAUUUCCAACAUGCUGGACAUCCCGGGACUGUUCACUCUGUCGAACAUCACUCAGCUGGUCCUCAGCCACAACAAGCUCACAGCGGUGCCUGCUAACAUCUCUGAGCUGAAGAACCUGGAGGUUCUCAACAUGUUCAACAACCAGAUUGAAGAGCUGCCUACUCAGAUCAGCAGCCUCCAGAAGCUGAAACACCUCAACCUCGGUAUGAACCGUCUGAGUGGCCUGCCCAGAGGAUUUGGUUCCUUGCCAGCUCUGGAAGUGUUGGACCUCACCUACAACAACCUGAACCAGAACUCCCUGCCUGGAAACUUCUUCUACCUCACCACUCUUCGUGCGCUCUAUCUGAGUGACAAUGACUUCGAGGCCCUGCCUGCUGACAUCGAGAAGCUGACCAAGCUGCAGAUAUUGAGUCUGAGGGACAAUGAUCUGAUCUCGUUGCCAAAGGAGAUUGGCGAGUUGGCUCAGCUCAAAGAGCUUCACAUCCAGGGCAACAGGCUGACUGUGCUGCCUCCUGAACUUGGUAAUCUGGAUCUGACUGGUCCCAAGCAGGUGUUUAAAGCAGAGAAUAAUCCAUGGGUCACUCCCAUUGCAGACCAGUUCCAGCUGGGCGUCUCCCAUGUCUUUGAAUAUGUUCGCUCAGAGACCUAUAAGUAUCUCUAUGGCAGACACAUGCAGGCCAACCCAGAGCCUCCGAAGAAGAGCAACGACAAGAGUAAGAAGAUCAGCCGCAAACCGCUGGCCGCCAAGAACAAAUGAAGAGAGGACGGAGGAUGGAGAUGAACACUUGCUCAGCCUGAACUCACUGCAUGUGCCUUUAUUUCUUCUCUCUUCUUUUUUAUAAACAUUUUGUAUUACAUUGAAAUGUAUGAAUUAUGUUUCUAAAUAUGUUAAAUAUUGUUUAAACUGUAUUCCACCGCGCCACUGUGCCUAAUACUAGUGAUGGCCAAAUGAAGCCUCAUGAAGCAUUGUCUUUAUUUUCUGUGCCCACUAGAUGGCGCUCGUGGUUUAAAGAGAAUGGCAAUUCAGUGUGCUUUCACCCUUUUGUUGGGGAAAAAAGUGCCAUCUAGUGGGCUCAGAAAAUAAAGAAAAUGCUUCAUGAGGCUUCAUUUGGCCAUCACUACCUAAUACUAAUCUCCAGAUCCUUUUCAGACCCACUCCACUUUGAAGUUCUACAACUUCAGCAUACUUUCAGCUACAGACAAACGGGUUACAAGACUUUGAACAUUAAACUAGUUUUCGGUUUUCUUAUAUAUUUUAAGUUUUAUUUUUAAUAAUGAGUGUGUGUUGCGCUGCUUAUAGAGUGCGUCAUAUGACCACCUAUCCACUCCUGCUGUUCUGCUUUUUUAAAAGGUCAAAAGAACUAUUAAAUCUGUGUUCAGCUUUGUGAUACUUUUCGGCUCUUCACACACAGUGAAGUUCAGCCGUCGUCUUUUCAAUCAGUACAUUUCAGCUCUUCGGGGCCGUGCUGUUUUUGUGCCAAAGUGUUUUUCGGUGACUGAUAUUAAUACAGACCAUUUCUUCUUUCAGCCUUUUCAAGAAAAUCACUUCUUCUUCCAGCUUUUUGGGCAAUGUAUUUCAGCUCUUAACAAGCCAAAACUAGUUAUGCUGAAUGUAAUAUGUACGUAAAGAUAGCACCAGGGACGUGCACAUGUACUUGAUGAAGAUGCCCGGGGAACAGCCCAUUUGCCCUCUUUGACUGAACUGCUCCCUGUAGAGGAAAAAGAAGAUACUUGUUUUAUUUUUACUGCUGUGAAAGAGAAAUAUGAGAAGCCCAUAAAUAUUUAAGUUAGCCCAAAUUGUUAAUAAAUAAAUAAAUAAACAUGACACAAAGCGAUGCCCCUGUCAGCUCUGGUGAGUCUUCUUAAGUUGUAGAAAUGAUUAACGAGUGGUUGAACCCAGAGCUGUCGAACUCAUUUUAAUUCAUGGGCCACGUACUGUACAGCUAGUGAUGGCCAAAUGAAGCCUCAUGAAGCCUUUUCUUUAUUUUCUGAGCCCACUGGAUGGCACUCAUGGUUUAAAGAGAGAGGCUCAAAGAAUGGCAAUUCAGUGUGCUUUCAACCUUUUGUUGAACAAAAAGCGCCAUCUAGUGGGCUCAUGAAAUAAAGAUAAUGCUUCAUGAGGCUUCAUCUGGCCAUCACUAUAGCCCAGUUUGAUCUCAAGAGGGGCCGGACCAGUAACACCACUGCAGAAUAGCAUUAUAAAUACCAACACCUCCAAAUUUUUUCUUUCCUUUAGUGUAAAGUACGCUCUGAUCAUCGACUUACAAAACAGAUGAAACAGCCUGAGAUGUCUCGAGAUGAUGACUCACUGUCAUUACAUGUGUAUUUUUAUCUCAUCUCAUCUCUACUACUGUGUGGCACUGCUGACAUCACCACACCAAACUCAAGUGGAGGCUGUUGAGGAAGCAGGUUCAGUUAUCCCCUGCCUUACAAACCUAGCUGUAGGGUUCCACUAAUAUUGUUUUAGACAGAGGUCUGAUACAGACUCUUUUGUACUGAAGCUGCUGAUUGUUUUUCUUAAUAUUUAGUAUCUUUAAAUACGACAGGUAUUCAUUCAGUAAGUAUUUCAGAGAGGAUAUCUGAUAUCUAGAUAUGUAACAACUCAUUUGGCCGACACCGAUAUCAGUGUACCCAUUUUUUCUCCACCAAAUUUUAGUGAUCAUCAAGGCUAACCACAAACAGGGGGUUGCCCUGUUUUUAGGUCAGAGUAACAGCCCCUCAAAAUAUGUGUGCACGUCCCUGGAUAGCACAGCCGAGUAAAGAGCUGCAGGUGAGAUCCACUCACAUGCCUGGUGGACAUUUGCACACCAGCUAGAAUGGCAGCAUAUUGUCUUUUAAGCCACUUUUUUCAAACACAAUCAUGAUUAUUAUCUGUGAUCAGUUACACCUGCAGUUAACUGUGUUCAUUCCACUGAUCUCUGACACUCGCUGCACCUUCAGUUCCACAUUAUCUUUAAGUUAUUUAUCAAAGCUUUACCAAGUGUCCGUCACAUUUCAGCCUGUUGCAAAACUGAAUGAAUAUAAUCCAUUUUUAAAAUUCAUCGUGCUUUCAUCACAGGCCAAAUCAUACUGAAAGCUCAUUGUACUCGCUGCAUUGAACACUUCAAAUAAAACAAUCAAAGACAA